AUGCCGGGAGCUCCCCGAUUCAUUCAAAAACCUUCUAUUCAACAGACACCUCAGGGUGAUCUGUUGAUGGAAUGUAACUUAGAAGCAGAUCCACUACCAGAAAUUGUAUGGCAUCAUAGUGGAACACCUAUCGUUGCGGGUGGAAGAGUUCAAUUAUCAAUACAAAAUGUUUCGGGUAUCCAAUAUAAAGCGAUACUUAUUAUAAAAGAACCAAAUGCAGGAGAUGGUGGAGCAUAUAAAUGUACUGCUUCAAAUCAAUUAGGUGAAUCAAAUGCAAAUAUUAAUUUAAAUUUUGCUGGUGGUAAUGAAGAACAAAGAGGAAGUAAUAAAGGUCCAACAUUUAUUGGAAAACCUCGGAUUAUUCCAAAAGAUGGUGGAGCUCUUAUAUUAAUGGAAUGUCGAGUAAAAUCAACUAGUAAACCUGUAGCCAAAUGGUUUAAAGAUGGGACACUUUUAUCAAUUGGUGGUUUAUUUCAAGAUGUAUUUACAGAUUUGGGGGAUAAUGCUUAUUUAUGUCAAUUAGAAAUCAGGAAACCAACAGCUGGUGAUGCUGGACAAUAUCGUUGUACUAUUAAAAAUGACCAAGGUGAAACAAACGCAAACUUGACUUUAAAUUUUGAACAGGAACCACCACAAGAUGAUAAAAUUGGAAGACGUUCACCAUCCGUCAAUAAAGAUGGUCGUAAAUCAAGAACACCCUCAAGACCUGGAACACCACAUAAAAAAAAAGAUAAAGAAAAAAGUGAGAGAAAUAAAUCAAGAGAAGGAACACCAAAAAAAUCAACAAGAAGUAGGACGGCAACUCCAACCAAAGAACUUCGUGAUUCUGAAAAAAUGGAUGUUGAUGGAACACCUGUUAAAAGACGAUCAGAUGCACCAUUACCUCCAAAAGAAAAGAAAAGUCGUCAACGUUCUGUAUCACCUGCUGUUUCAGAACAAACGCAAAUAAAUCCACAGGGAAAAAAUCAGGACGAAUCUAAAAAUGUUCCAGUUGUUGUCGAACAUAUCAAAACACAGACUAUUAAAGUUGGUGAUAGUACAACAAUAAGUUGUACAUUUAAAUGUCAUAAUUCAACAAAAAUUGUAUGGUAUAAAGACGGGAAGGUAAUAACUUCAUCUUCUGAAUAUACUCAAUCAUUUGAUGGUACAACUGCUAAACUUUCUUUAAAUCGUGUUACUACAAAUAAUUCAGGAGUAUAUAAAGCUGUUGCAAAGUCUGACUAUGGUGAAGCAGAAUCUUCAGCUAAAAUUGUUGUUGAAAAAUCUAAAAAAGAUGAUAAUUUAUUGGAUGUUAAACCAAAUUCUCGUAGAGCUUCUAAAGAUAGUACAAUUACUGAUAAAUCAGAAAGUGAAUUACUAUCAGUUUCACAAAAAAGAAAUUCUUCUGUAUCACCAGCACAAUCAAUGCAAUCAUUAAAUGAACUUGAAGUUCCUAAAAAAAUUUCAAGAAAAGGUAGUGCUACAGAAACUGAACAAGAAAAAUCAAAAUUAAGUGAAAGUGCUGUAACACCAAAAUCAAAAAAUUUAACUACAAAAGAUGAUAUUGAUGAUUCAAGUAUUGUAGAUGAUGUAAGUUUUUGUUUAAAAAGUUUAAAAAAAAAAUGUAAUUUAAAUAUGUUAUUUAAUUAA